CAUAUUGGUGCAAUAAAAGUCUAUAGGGUAUAAAGGUUGGAUUAUUAGAUAAUAAUCCAAAACUUGGAUUUAUAAUGGAAAAAUCGUCCAAAGGUUGAAUUAUUAAAAGUAAUUUUUCCUUUUUCUUGAUUCUCUUUCUCAUUUUUUUUUCAUUUCCUCCUCUACAACCAAACGGCCCCUGAGAAUCUGUGGGAAAGUAGUGUACUUGUGUUUGUCUUGUUUGUCUCGUUGCCAAAAUAAAUUAUAAAAAAAAAAUUUUAAAAAAAAAACAAACAAGAAAACUUGAAUUUGUUGAAAUACAAAAUUCCCUCCCUUAUUCUGAGCAUUGUGGAUUACUGUUGAAUUUCAUGAAUCUAUUCAUUAGACCCAAUCGUACAUCUCUUCGAUCUGCCAAAGUAUCUCAUAUCCUCGCCUUCUGCAAAUCAGGCUCGUUGUUCGAAUCUCUAAAAGUCCUAAACACCACUAAUUCAGCAGAAAUUAGCUUAGGUGUAAAACCCUUAGUAUAUGCAUCUCUCCUGCAAACAGCUACGAAAAUCCAGAGCUUCAAUCAUGGCUUACAACUCCAUUGUUACAUCACAAAAUCUGGGCUUAUUGCAAACAGUCUUGUGGGUAAUAGCUUAUUGUCUUUGUAUUUCAAAUCGAGCGGGAAUUUGAUUUUAGCAACAUAUUUAUUCAAUGAAUUGUGUACUAAAGAUGUGAUAUCUUGGACUUCAAUGAUUUCUGGGUAUGUAAGGGUGAAACCCCAGAAAUCAAUUGAAUUUUUCUGGGCUAUGUUGGAUGAUGGUAUUGAAGCUAAUGCUUUUACUUUAUCUGCUGGAAUUAAGGCGUGUUCUGAAAUUGGGGAUGUUAAGCUAGGUAGAUGCUUUCAUGGGGUUGUUUUCCGAGGGGGGUUUGAGUUGAAUGAUGUAAUUGCUAGUGCGUUGAUGGAUAUGUACGGUAAGAAUGGGUGGUUGAAGUAUGCCCGCAAUGUGUUUGAUAAAUUGUCUGUACCAGACCCUGUUUGUUGGUCUUCGAUCAUUUCGGCUUUGAUAAAGAAUGAUAUGUACGAGGAAGGUUUAUCAUACUUUUAUGUGAUGCAAAGGGAGCAUAAGGUAAUGCCUGAUGAGUUUACUUAUGGGUCGGUUUUGACAGCUUGUGGGAAUUUGGAGAGAUUGAAGCAAGGGAAAGAAGUACAUGCCAGGGUUAUCACUGCAGGGCUUUGUGGAAAUGUGGUGGCACAGAGUAGCCUGAUAGAUAUGUAUGGAAAAUGUGGGCGAGUUGAAGACUCACAACGCGUCUUUGAUAAAAUGAGGAAAAGGAAUGCAGUGUCUUGGUGUGCUUUGCUUAAUGGGUACUGUCAAAAUGGGUUAUUUGAGAAUGUUGUUAAGCUUUUUAAGAUGAUGGAGGAUCCUGAUGUUUACAGUUUUGGAACCCUUAUUAGGGCUUGUGCGGGCUUGUCUGCUGUUAAACAGGGGAAAGAGGUUCAUUGUCAGUAUAUAAGAAAGGGUGGGAGGGGACAUGUUAUUGUUGAAUCUGCUUUAGUUGAUCUGUAUGCAAAAUGCGGAUGCAUUGAUUCUGCACAUAGAUUGUUUAGGCAGAUGCGUAUAAGAAAUUUAAUUUCUUGGAACUCAAUGAUAUAUGGUUUUGCACAGAACGGUAGAGGUGUUGAAGCAAUCGAGUUAUUCAAUAAGAUGGUUAAAGAGGGUAUUCGGCCUGAUUACAUUAGUUUUCUUGGUGUCAUCUUUGCUUGUAGUCAUGCUGGCUUGGUUGAGCAGGGACGGGAGUAUUAUAUCUCUAUGACUGAGGAAUACAGAAUCAAACCUGGAACUGAGCAUUGCAAUUGCAUGGUUGAUCUUUUAGGUCGAGCUGGGCUGAUAAACGAAGCUGAGGAAUUGAUAGAAAAAGCUGAAUGCAAAGAAUCUUCCUCUCUGUGGCCAGCUCUUCUGGGUGCGUGUACAACCAGCAGAAAUUCUGCUGCUGUAGAGCGCAUUGCACUAAAAAUGAUGAAACUGGAACCUAAAAACCAUAUAAGUUAUGUGCACCUUAUCAAUGCUUACAAAUAUGAUGGUCGUUGGAUUGAUGCAACAAAGAUAAGAAAAUUGAUGGAAGUUAGAGGAGUAGAAAAGUUACCUGGCAAGAGUUGGGUUGAAAAUGCAUUUGGUUUUGGUCAGAUAGGUGACAUGAAAGAGAGUGACUGCAAUAUCGACAGUUUAAUUCGGUGACACGAAAGAGGAGCCUAAAAGUUCAAAUGUUGAUUCGUAAACAAUUAAGCGAUGGUGAUAAAGUUGUGGUUUUUUAAUGGCAUCUGUGAAGGGUGUCGAACGGUGAAACAGGUACUUAGGUAGUGAUUAUCACAUUUUUGAGAGAAAUUGAAUUUUGUUUUGACAUCA